AUGUAUCUGGGGGCCCCUGGAGCCCUGGGGGCCCCUGGAGCCCUGGGGGCCCCUGGAGCCCUGGGGGCCCCUGGAGCCCUGGGGGCCCCUGGAGCCCUGGGGGCCCCUGGAGCCCUGGGGGCCCCCUGGAGGCCCCUGGAGCCCUGGGGGCCCCCUGGGGGCCCCUGGAGCCCUGGGGGCCCCCUGGGGGCCCCUGGAGCCCUGGGGGCCCCCUGGGGCCCCUGGAGCCCUGGGGGCCCCCUGGGGGCCCCUGGAGCCCUGGGGGCCCCCUGGGGGCCCCUGGAGCCCUGGGGGCCCCUGGAGCCCUGGGGGCCCCUGGAGCCCUGGGGGCCCCUGGAGCCCUGGGGGCCCCUGGAGCUGCAGACAAAAUGUGGAUUCAAUAGAAGAGCAAAUCAUUGA